AGUUUUUGGACACCAUUGUGCAAUUUUCAAGCCUACCCGCUCUGUUACUAUUAGCCUACUUACCCUGUGAACUCCUCUAGCCUGCCCAAGUGUAUGAUAGAACCUCCACUAGCAGGACACAAAAGAACACGCUCGUUUUGAUACUGUAUCCAGCCUACCCUGAAAUCCACAAUUAAACUCCAAUUUUCAUCACCACAAGAAAUAUCCAUGCGUCAGUUGUUUGCACGAGUAUCUACUUACUUCUGAAAAAGAAUCGAAAAGGAAAAAGAUGUUUGCUCCUCGUCUUGUGCUCCGAAAAGCCCGGCCGUAUGCAACUAGUGCCGGCGCUGGUGCGUUGGUUUUUUAUGCCUCUCAGCAGGACGAAACCCCGGGCCAGUUGGCGCCCAUCUUGGUUGCGGAUGCGAUUGCUUUUCUUGGAAAGGAGCUGUUCGGUGGAAGCAGCAGCAGCACAGCACAGAGGCUCGGCUUUGUCGGACGGGUUGCGGACUUCUGGGGGGUAUAUAGAACAAGAUAAAUAAUAUAUAAGGGGUUGUUCUUUUUUAUUUUUUUUGCGUAUGUACACCUGUGGUGGCUUUACCUCUAUGCAGACCCAGACGGUCGCAUGGCAUUUUUUCAUGCUCGUAGCCAAGACUUGUUGAAUGGAUCCACCAGAUUCGAGAAUACUUAGCAAUACAAACACGCUUAGACGCACUCUGGCCGGCUGGCGCGUAAGCAGCUCGAGCAAGAGGUCAAGACCUUGAAGGAGGAAGCCGAGGAUUACGUAGCCGAUAGCAAAACCGUGCAACGGCUCGUGACGAUCGCGAAUUCGUUGGACACGCGCGAUCAUUCGAACGUGGAGCCUUAUUGCGACAUUCUCGCAAACGUGGACGAAAGAAAUGACGACCACCUCCGCAUUAUUACAAUGAAAAAUGCCCCCUCCCCAUAUCAAAACGGAAAUCUGUGAUGCAGAUUUGUGGUCACAAAUCAGCUUUGUGAUGCUAGAAGGCAAAAGAUCCGGACUGUAGUGCUGUCUAGCGUGGGAAAGCCUUGCAGCUCCAGGAUGACAGGAGGCAACUGGAAGUGGGAAACAGCAUGACAGAUUACCUGCAAUCUAGGCCGCAGCUUCGUCUCUUGGCCUUCUAGCAAUACAAGUCGACUUGUGUACUCAAGUACAGCAUCACAACUUCGCACAUCGUCCGUUUCCGAUACGGGGGGGGGCUUUUUUGACUUUGAUACGCAUGCUUGUGGACGCCACGAAUCGCUACAAGGAAGCUCUCAAGGCGGUAUUCUUGCAGAUUGAGAUUCACUUUUGCUACGCAUGAAACCGUUCUUGUUAUCUAAUAUCAUGCAGCACAAUCUUUUUCUCACGGUCACAGUGAAGUAGUUUCGAUAGGGUUAGGCUUGUUGUCCUUUGUUUCAGAAUCCGGUUCGCUAGGACGGACAAGGAGCGACAGAACAUUUUUUUUCCCCAAAUACAGCGCCGGGACGCGCGGUCUAUAUCUGCAUACGAGCACGCGCGAACGGAGGAUGCUGCAGAUUAUCCGACAAAAAUCGCCGUAAUUGACUGCAAGAAGAUCGAAAAAGCCCUUGCAAAAGCAUGGAACCUCUACGCGUACGCAGAAUGCAAGGCGGUGCCAGAGGGACAUGCAUCGGGACUCAGUAAUUCUCUGCAGACCAGGAUUGCGAGAGCGCAAUUGUAUAAAGCUUUUCCCUACUGCUCAGGCGACUCCUGUUGACCCAUCUUGAUUCCGCUUUCGUUUUUGGUACAUUGACUUCGCUGUUUUUCUUCGUGUCGAUCUCUGUUUCAGCCGCCCACACAGAAAAAUUGUCACUUGUGAAAAAAUUCCCACAGGACCGCGUCCCCGGCCGCCCUUGCGGCGUGCAAGGACCAAUCCUGGCUCUUGACGAAGCGGCUGACCUCCGGGUUUGCAUCGCUUUAUGACGAGGUUGCGCCCUACGUUAAGCCAAUGGUGAUCGCCACCGUGACGACCGCGACGACGAUCGCAGUCCUGACCAUCCCGGUCGACUCGCACAACAACACCAUUGGAAUGAUCAUCGCGGAGAAAGUGCCGGAAUGGACGUCCCUGCCACUAAACUCCAUUUCCCUGUCCAGCUUUUCCCCGCGACAGGUGCUGUCAAGGGUGAGAGAGAUUCCGCCGCAGAUUGAAACCUUCUUUCGUGACCGGAGUGGGAAUCUAUACCAUGUGAUUUCGACGCCAACCUGGGAGGAGGCGAAAGCCAACAUGAAUCGGCAACAGGAAUACAUGAAGGACUUCGUGAAUCGAAAUUGCUCGAUGGACAACGUCAAGAACGGCACGAAAAACGUGGUCGGCGGGCUCAUUAAGCGGGUACGCAGCGAGAACGGUUGGACGUUUCUGCGACCCAGCGGCUCAGAAAAGUCCAUGGCUGGCAGCGACGAGGGUUUGAGCCCACCGGAAAUCAAUGUGUAAAAACAAGAAAUACGUGUUGUUUUUUUGCGGUCGCGAACGGGCAAAUUUAUUUGAAUUGAUGGACGGUGCUGGUAUCUACCACUCAAGAUGCGGUAUGCGCAUUUUGAAUUUGGCCCACGACAUUAGGUACACUAGAAUAUAGCUAGUAUGGGAGUUGAGGAUCUGUGUUUCGUGUUGCAAAGAUGUUUCGAUACGAUUUUUUUACAGAGUAAACAACAUUGUAGAAAAUAAUGUGAUGCUAGUAUGAUUGAAAUAUCUUCCCGUUUUUGCAUGCCCACAAUAUCUAAAGAGAAAUCGCGACUCAUCGAGUUGUGUCAGCGUGUAAGAUUUUCCGGUUUGAUAACCGCGUUUUCGAACACAACUCUGGCCUGAGGGAAGGCGGCCGCAUGCGCUUUCCGAAACCAGAGCAAAUACGUGUCGUAUUUAUUUUCAAACCUAAUGACUGACGCUCAUGGAAUUUGAAGCUCUAUAAUGGUUGUGCAACUAUUUAACAGCCAUUCUUUCUCGUGAGUAUCCGCAGAUCCCCUUCCUCGAGAACUCACUUGAAAAAAAGAUGAAAAUCGAGCUCCGUCGGUUUUUUGUAUUGAUUUUCUGAAGUUUUGACUUUUGGAAAAAAUAAAAAUCUAGUGAUGGUUUCUAUUGGUUUCGUUCAGUAGUUUUUCAAGAACAGGACCUAGCCGGAGACUACUUCAGCUUGUCCAAAUAUCAGCCUCCGGUAUUUUUUUGCCGUCGUCUUUCCUACUGAGUUUUGGUUGUCCACUUGAAGAAGUAGUAGAGCUAGCUGCUGCAGUACAUCUGCGAUCUGUGCUCCUCGCUAGAAAAAUAAAAGAGCUGACUUGUCACCUCUGAGUGUAUGAAAAGUGGCCACGCGUUGGUUGA